GUGAGAGAGAAAGAGAGAGAGAGAGAGAGAGGGGUAAAGAAAAAGAUGGGGCGUAACUGGGGCAUGCCAUGGAGUCCAAAGAAGGAAGAGCAAGAGGUUCCUGACCCAGACAUUACAUGUAGCAGUGUCGUCUCUGAUAAUCACUGCCACCGUGAAAGCAACCACACGGUGGACCAUCAUCAUCCCAACAAACACUACUUUUCAUCAUUUAUGGAUGACAUGGAGUUGGACGACGACGCCGGAGAUGACGACGACGAUAUUAAUAACUCGCAAGCGGUGGAGGCCGCCAAAACAGCAGUAGAUCUGCCGGCGGCGGGUCGUACUGGUACCGAUGCAUAUUGGGAUUUUGAGUUCACCUGCAGCUCCGACCAUGACGGCGGCCUGUCGUCCGUUAAUGAAGAUUCCGGCGAUCAAAAACCGGUUCUUUCCCAACAAAAUGAACAAGAAAGCAUGCUUCGUGUGAAGUCGCAGGAAGAGAAUAACGAUGACGAUGAAUAUCAUCAGGAGAUUAACAUGGCCGCAUCCUUAAAUUUGAGCUUGAAUUAUCAACACGUCCUCGAUGCAUGGUCCGACCGUGGCACUCUCUGGGCACACGAUAACACUGCAUUUUCAUUACCCAAUAAUCCCAACAACCAUUCUUAUAUGGGAGAGGUGCCUGUGAUGGAUAAUGAAGAGAGAUCCACAAGAAGAGAAGCUAGUGUGAUGAGGUACAAAGAAAAACGCCAAACAAGACUUUUCUCCAAGAAGAUUAGAUACCAAGUCCGCAAGCUUAAUGCAGAAAAAAGACCUAGACUCAAGGGUCGAUUUGUGAGGAAGGCUUCUGACGGAGAUUAGUAGACGGAGAAAUCUGAGCUAGCUAGAGAUAAACUGUUGACAGACAGACAGAAAAUUUAAUUGGGCAUUUAAUUUUCAUUUUUUUUUUUGGGGUUGGACGCACUAGAAAAUAUUGUGGACAGGUCACAGGUAUAUAAAAUAUCUGGAUGAAAAUAUCUUCUUCACCCAACAGUGGUAUCGACCUUUUUGGUGCACAUGAUUUGCUUUUGUCUGUGAUGAAUGAAAAUAUCUUACGUUAUUGGAGCUGACAAUAUUGUUUGUACAGUAGCCGUGACUUGCGUAGAUGUAUAUGUAUCGGAUCUGAUAGAUACUAACUUUUUUGCUUUCACAAAAA